AUGGGUGUUUGUUUCGGGGAUCCAAUUUAUGUCUUACAGACGGAGUCCUCGGAUGAUGUCAGCAGCUCGAGUGGAGCCUAUACCGAUGACGGAGGAACAGUCUCCUCUCUUUCCACUUCAUACAUCCUGGCUAUGAUCGAGGAUCUCAACUUAUUACACCACAAUCCCCAAAAUCAGCCGCUAGAUACGAGUAAUGAAGAUUUAUCGAUUUCUAUUCUAUCCCUCCGCGAAGCCACAUGCUAUCAAGACAGCAUCUGCAGUCGGUCAAAUGCCUCUACUUUUAAGUUGACGGCAACUACACAAAGUGAACAGAGGGAUACAACGGAAGAGUUCGAGGUCGUGGUUGAUAUAGGUGGUUUCAUUUGGCACCCAGUCGGAAGGUAUAUCAAUGGAGAUGAGGAGUUGGAUCCAUGGACGAUAUUUAGCCUUAGGACUUUGGGAAGUGGGACUGUGAGUGAUGCUGGAGUUGAGCUGGAUUCUGGAUGGGAUUGUGAGUUUCUAGCCUACCCGGAUUAUGCACCUUUGACUUCGUUGGAGAACAUGUUAGAAUGUGAAAGGUUGUAG